AUGACGACACUCAAAAUCGAAGAGAGCGAUAUACCGCAGCUAGAUGGCAAGACUACAAUGAUUUCAGGAGGUUCAUCUGGUAUUGGGCUCGCCACCGCGAAGAUAAUAGCUUCGAGAGGCGGGCAGGUCAUCAUCCUGGAUAUCUGUGAACCCCAAGAAACCUUACCAGAAGGGGCCCGCUAUCUCAAAUGCGACAUCAGCAAGUGGUCGGAGCUCAGUGCUGUCUUCUCAAACGCUGGCCCUGUUCAUAUUGCGAUCGCGAAUGCAGGUCAGGGUGAGGACGGUUCAUACUUGAAUGAUUCGUAUGAUGAACACGGCAAUCUCCUCGAGCCUACGUACAAUGUCAUUGAUACCAACUAUCGAGGAACCCUGAACUUCAUCAAGCUUGCGUUACAUAGCAUGAAGAAGAAGGACAUUGAGGGAAGUAUCGUCAUCACGUCGAGCGCCACUGCGUAUUCUGCAGAGCAGUCACUGCCCGUUUAUAGCGGGACAAAAGCAGCCCUGAUAAACUACAUGCGUGCGAUGCGCUCGUCUCUGCGCGGCACGGGCAUCACCAUCAACGCAGUUGCUCCGGCUGCCACCAUCACGGGCCUGUUACCAGCGGACUUGGCUGCCCCUAUCAUGGCAGCCGGCCUGCCUGUUAGCACGGCGCAUUUCGUGGGCCUUGCAGUGGCCUACUCAGCUGUCGCGUCAGAACCACGGAAGGUAGAGGCGUACGGGAAGGACACGGAUGAAUGGAAGCAAGCCUCUGGUCGGUGGAACGGGAGGACUAUUCUGACCCUGGGCCAGAGGUACACAGAGUUGGAGGGUCCCAUCUCUGACUGUCGUUACAAUUGGUUUGGUGAAGAUAAUCUGCGAGAAACGAAGUUGCAGCAAGCAGCCGCCGACUUCAGGGACCUGAAUUGA